GCUGUCCUCGGGAGAGGCAGUGGGAGGCAGUGGAGCUGGCCUCGGCACCGGGAGAGGCUGGACUUCCCGUCUCUCUGUGCUGAAUGGCUGCGAUGGCGCCCGCUCUCACUGACGCAGCAGCUGAAGCUCACCACAUCCGAUUCAAGCUGGCUCCCCCGUCCUCCACCUUGUCGCCUGGCAGUGCCGAGAGCAACGGCAACGCCAACAACAUCCUCCUGGCUGCCAACGGCACCAAAAGGAAAGCCAUUGCUCCGGAGGAUCCCAGUUUAGAUUUCCGAAACAACCCCACGAAGGAAGAGCUGGGCAAGCUGCAGCCACUAGUGGCCUCUUAUCUCUGCUCGGAUGUAACAUCUGUCUCUUCAAAAGAGCCUCUGAAGCUGCAAGGAGUCUUCAACAAGCAGACAGUCCUUAAAUCUCACUCUCUCUUAUCUCAGUCCUUCUUGAAAACGAGUGAUCUGUUGGGGAGGCAACCGGUGUUGGAAUUUACUUUGGAGAAUCUAAAAACAAUGAGUACUAAUAGCCAGCCACCUCUCCCGCAAGCGCCUGUGAACGGCUUGGCCAAGAAAUUGGCCAAAAGUACCAAUUCAGACCAUGAAAACUCUAGUGCUCUGAACGGUGGGAAGUGUGCUUCUCCUGCUGCUGCCCUCCAGGGCGUUGACUAUAAUGCAGGAGGUUCUGAAUUGGGGGACUUGAAGGCCGGGUUGACCAAUUGCACUCUUCCACACAGAAGCCUUGAUGCGGAACGCACGACUCCUUUUAGCAAUAAUAGCACUGCAAACAAAUCUUCCCUUAAUUCCACGGAGCAGCAGCAGGUGCUGGAGGGCGGCAGUGGAGAGACGAGGUUGCCUGGGGUUGGCGGUCACUCGGAAUUUGGGAGCGGUAAGUUGGAGGAGCAGAAACCUUCUCUGUCAGCCGGCCAUCACAGCGCUCUCGACUCCGAGAUGAGGACGAGGGCUUUGCUGAGACGGCAGGCAGACAUUGAGAACCGUGCUCGAAGGCUGCAGAAACGUUUGCAGGUGGUGCAGGCGAAGCAGGUGGAGAGACACAUCCAGCAGCAGUUGGGUGGCUUCUUAGAGAAAACUCUGAGCAAGCUUCCGACUUUGGACCCUGUGAGGCAUCGCAGCCAACUGAUGUUGACCAGAAAAGCAGAAGCAGCUUUGAGGAAAGCUGCGAGUGAGACAGUUACUUCAGAAGGCCUAAGCAGCUUCUUGAAGAGCGAUUCGAUAUCGGAAGAACUGGAGAGAUUCACAGCCAGUGGCAUGGCCAACUUGAGAUCCAGCGAACAGGCGUUUGACUCGGAUGUCACUGACAGCAGCUCAGGAGGGGAGUCUGACGUUGAGGAGGAGGAACUGACCAAAGCAGAUCCAGAGCAGCCCCACGUACCUCUGUGAGUAGCAGUCGUGCUUUGCUUCCUUCUGCCAGAGUGAGCUGAGAGACGGCAGGUAGAGAACCUGGGUGUUACAGGGAUGUGUUCUGAUGGGCUUCAGUUGAAGCAGUAAAGGUUAAAACCGACGUGGUGUGACUUCCUAGCUCAGCUCUGAGGACAUUCUUCAUGCCCCCAGUUGUGUUUUAGCAGGGCGGUCCUGGACACGCUGCCUGCAGCAGCUGGAGCAGCAGACCCAAAAUACUGUAACCAGUUGUGUCUGGUUGCUUGCUUGUGCAUGGGACCUGUCCCCUGAAACCUUUGUCCUUUCACAAUGGGAACC